AUGGCUCGAACAAGAAAAUUAUCUGACAGUGACACUAAUGCAGAUGGCGCUAAGAAACCAAAGACUUUGACAAGCCCUUUUCGACAUCACCUGGAGACUAUCGAUGUCAAAAAACUGGACUUUGACCAAGAGAAGAUUUGUUCGGUGACCCUUUCUCCGCUAAACGUUUACUGCUGUUUGGUGUGUGGAAAGUUUUUACAAGGUCGAGGGGAAAAUAGCGUGGCGUUUCUUCAUUCCAUCCAGGAAGAUCAUCAUGUUUUCAUGAACCUUAACACCAAGAGCACAUACGUUUUACCCGAAAACAAUGAGGUACCUGAGGACCCGGCUUUGCAACGAAUAAGAUACGCCAUUUGUCCCUCAUACACUAAAGAAGACCUAGCCACUUACCCCAGAAGAUGCUUCGAUAUGGCGAACAAUCUAUAUUUAAAUGGAUUUGUUGGUUUUAUUGAGCCUAAAAACACUUCGCAUCUGACUGUUGUGUUGCAGCUGUUAGCUCACAUUUCACCUUUAAGAGAUCAUUUAGCUUUGAUUUCCACUGAAGAUUCAUCCACUGAGCUCCUGAAGCGAUUAUCAACUAUAGUUAAAAAACUCUGGUCACCAUAUUUGUUUAGGACCCAUGUCUCGCCGCAUGAGUUCCUCCACCAGCUGGCGGUCUCAAAUAGAGCGCCUUUGAAGGCUGAUCCCAAGAACUUCUUGCUGUGGCUUGUCAAUCAUAUGAACGCUUGUGACGCUGGACUGAAGAAGGUUUUGACGAAAACUCUUAGAGGCGAGAUAAAUAUGGCCACAACAGCCAUACGAGAGGAGAGCACAGAAGAUGCGGAGAAGAAUAUGAAGUUUGUAAAAGAUGAAAGCAGCACUUCAACUAAAAAACUCAAGUUCUGGACUCUUAGCCUGGACCUUCCGCCCAUGCCCUUAUUCACAGACGGAUUUGAUACCAACAGCAUACCUCAGGUUGGAAUUGAAAGCUUACUCGAGAAGUUCAUGGGUGCUAGAGAAAUUCACACCAAAGAAGGAAUAAAAAAGUACACAUUGUCCAAACUCCCCAAAUAUCUACUUCUCCAUGUUGACAGAUUCAAUGGUGACGCUGAGCUUCCUAUUAAGACCAGAAAUCAGACCCUAGUCAAGUUUCCAGAGACUCUGAAGAUUAACGGUCGGAAUUUUAGGGUUAUCAUGAACUUGACACACGACGCAAUCAAGGGAAAAUACACAGAAGACAAAGAAAUAGAUUACGAAAGCCAAUGGAAGGCGCAGAUCCUCGAACCAAAAGAUCAACAGUGGUACGAAUUGGAUGGUAAAACGGUUACUCUCAAAGAAAAAGAACUGCUUUUUUUAAGCGAAAGUUAUCUUCAGGUCUGGGAAGCUCUCGACUGA